AUGGCGCCCCUGGAUAUUGUCUGCGCCGGCUGGUCUCCUGACAACACGGCUUGCCAGAAAGAUGGACGUUUCACCUGCAAGAAUUGCAAGCUCGUCCUGUACUGCGGUCCAACAUGCCAAAAAUCCCACUGGGCGUCUCACAAGACAGACUGCAAGUCGUGCCUUGGCAAGGAAACAUGGCAGCCCGACUGGGUCCUGGAGUCGCGAAAACCGGCUUUUGUAGGAGACGACUCGCUGGUGAGCCAGUUUGGAGGAAAAACGUACGUCUGGGGCAACAUGCCUGCUUUUGAUGUCUUAAAGCUUGGCUCCAACGAGGGCGUCGACUACAAGGGCCCCCUGAAUCUUUUGUUUGCUGCAUCUGGGGAUCUUCGAAACUUUGUGAAGACUAUGACCCAGCUUCCCGCCGGGUACAAUGGGGUCGUUGCUGCGACGUUGAAUGAUCGCGAACUUGAUGUUGUGGCUCGCAAUGCCAUCAUGCUUCUCAUAGCCUUUGUGAUCGACAACGUCGAGGAGGCGGUCGACUGUAUCAUGCACGUCUGGUACUCUGCUCUCAUCCGAAAGUCUCAUCAGGAGAUUCUUCAUCAGCGAGUCCGACCACUAGUCAAAGAGGUUUGUGACAAGACAAAGACCAAGGACCCGACGAGCGUGUUGGGGAAGACAUGGCAGUUUGGUCAUCACACUCUGAGGCUUGUGCUUGCAAAGUCAGCGUGGGACGGCCUCCUGUCGUAUCUGGAUGUGCCAUCAGGUUUGAAAGUCGACGAUGCGAGCCGGAUCCGCCGAGCUGUAACCCUGGCUGAGGCUAGACGGGAUCAUCGGGAUAGGCAUUUGCUGUUUCACUCGCAAUUCCAUCGAGUCGCGAAGCUUCGGUACUGGGAAGACGGUAUCAUGCUCCCAUUUGGGUCACACCGUGAUGAUUUCGUCGAGCCGAACCCGACUCUCUUCCAGGCUGCUGACGCAUGGCCUCUGAGUGAUAGUGCCGACCCUCUCAACGGAUGGCUCUUGAGUGAUGUUGACGCCACCUCGAGCGGACCUGCGACCAACGACAUAUAUGGUAAGCUCUUCUACCAUGUACGCGACUUGCUGGGGUCAUUUCUUCGUCGUCUGUCUGCCGUCAAGGCAACUCUUCGGGUCCUGCAGGUCAACGCCCUCGAGCUUCCCGACUAUCUUGAACUGGACUCCUUCGAUCGAAUUGAGGUGUCGAAUAUCUCGGAUCGUGGCUAUAUUGGACCGCAUCGUACAGUGGCGCUCAUGGUGCCUCUGCUCCAAACACCCGCAGCGAACCCGAACGCGACCCUCAUCACGCUAUUUAUGAACAUUAUUGCCGAAACAAUGACUCCCGAAGACGAAGUAGCCGGCAUGGCCAAAGGAAGCAAGUCAACCAAACAAUUGCUCAAGUACUUGCAGCCACCAACUGCAUUAUCUACCGGGAGCGAUAGCAUGGAAUCCUUCAUGAUGAAGUCCAUGGCGGCCCAUGAUUUCGUGACAUCCUAUGACCGUUACUUCGACCGUGUUGUGAAGGAAUUGGAGUUCGCUAAAUUGGCAACACUCUGCGGGGCCGCCAUGAAGGACAGGCACACAGUCAUCGAGAAGUGGCCGUACAGACUGAAGCUCAAGCCUGGUCAACCGGGGGCACAGGAGGAGUUUGAUAGGGCGCUCUGUGGAAGUCCGACGAGCAAGGAGCGCUAUGUCGAGUGGCAGAGAAUCGAGUAA